AUGGGGAAGAAGACAAGGUACACGCCUUUUGACUGGACGGCAGUGUCUCUCGCCACCCCUAAAGGCCACCAGUCCUCCAACGGCCACCGCGCCCACCCUCUCGCCGGCGAGCCACAACACCGAGAUAUCUCAACACGCGUAACACGAAAAGCCGGUCUCGGAAACAAACAAACGGAACCCAAGGAUGGUGCGAGCACCAAAGCACGCCAAGGUCUUUCUGAGAGCUUAGUUGAGCCUGCUUCUGCUGGACUUAGUGAAGGCCGAAUCGGUAGCCUAAGCGAUGCGGUCACCGACAAAUCAAGUAUGCUGGCAACUGAUACUGGGAAGUUUCCAGAUGAUAAAUGCGUAUCGGAUCUUAUCCAAGUCUCAAAAGAAAGACAAGUUCUCCAGGAAGGAACAAGGCCAGCGCCGGGCUUGUGGAACGAGCAAACAGAUGAAGACAACGAGAAGGCACAGCUUAGUACGACUUUAUGUUCAACAGAAGUCCCCAUCGCAGAAGCACUCCUUCUGGUGAGCGAUACGCCGGUCACCUCGAGUACAGGGCUCUCCGAACCGGUCGCACAGCGGAAUCCAUGCGAUCUGCAAUCUCCUAGUCUACCGUCACUACUUCCACAAGAAUUGACGGGCGCACGACCACCUUUUGUCGAUAUAAGUUCGAUCGUAGGCAUAUCUAUAUAUCAGCAACAUGGAAAACCACGCUCUCGAUGGCCUUCAAGGCGUCUCGUUAGCCCACCCACUGUCGGCAAGGUCUACUUCCUCGCGGAUCGUGGCAACUUCCCUUACUCCAUCAUACACACGCAGAAACAGCAAAAUGGCUUCUUCAAGCAUCCAGUGCUUGUCACUGCUGUUGAGGGCGAAGUUGCCUACUUCUACGCUCUCACGAAGGCAGCCCCACAGGCCAUCCGAGACCUGAAUAUGUGUCUGCUUCUUGGAUCUACUACAGUAGACCAAGGCAUAUAUAUACUCAGGUUGGAUGAAGACUCCUCUGCAAUGCAAACAGAGACGUGGGUAAACCUUGAGCAGCGCUACUACAUCGAGUGGAGUAAUCUCUUCGAGUGGGCACUCGAUGUCCGUAGCAACCCUGAUGAUCUGUGGAAGCUGAAGAAAAGAGUGCAUGAGCUGGAGGCCGACCAGAAUAGAUAUAUAUACAAGCCUCUCCUGCAAAAUAUGAGCGUCAUAAGACCUGGAACAGUGCUCAUGCUAUGCAAUGGCACUCACUCGUCCACGCUGGGGGCUCCUGUAUUGAUAGUGGAGAAUCAAUAUCCUCGGUGUUACUUUCUACGCAUCAAACUUUUCGCCGAUAAUAUCAACUUCAACCCGGAGGCGAAGCGAACCAACGGUCAACCACGUCACAUGUGUCUGGAGAUUGCGAAACAUCCGAAGAUUGGCCAUGACAAUACCCCAGUCAUGGUCGUAGAGCCCGACUGCCCGAAGAUGCGGGAGCCCUCUUACGUAGAGGUGUUUGCGAAGACUAAGCCGGCCAACUUUGAACUUUGCAAGACUUGGUGUUGGCCUCCCAUCGUCAUCCGGGAGGAUUCGAUGCAGGUUUUGCGCCAGUACAUGGCCUACUAUAGCGGCUCAAAUGGUGUAGCUGCGAGAGGAUCCCAACAGUCGUCAACCGGUUCUUCGGGCCCAUCGACACCCUAUGGGUCGAUCUCGUUUUAUCUGAUGUCUUCGAAUCCCAGCGGUAUUUUCUACACUCCCUCGGGAGCCAUGCCUUCUUCUCCGGCUUCAUAUCACUACGGAAAUCAAUACGUGCAGGGCAUGUAUCCACCACAAAGUCCUUAUCAGGCACCUUCUUUUGAUUACAACAUGUGUGGCUAUCUGCCUCACGGCUCUACCCAGUUCCCGACUUCCAUGCCAUUGGCAGAUGCCGAUGUUCUGUUUGACGCCUAUGGCCGUCCGUAUCCGCGCCCUUGA